AAUAGGCAGCACACCAGUCCCAGCCCACACACGGACCCCCAAUUUGGAGCUGUCCACCUCGCCCGAGCUCUACUGUGGCCAUGGCUCAGUCUCUGGUUCUGAGCAUCCUUGUCCUGGUCCUGUCCUUCUGCAUCCCCCAGACCCAAGGCAGUGAUGGAGGGGCACAGGACUGCUGCCUCAAGUACAGCCGAAAGAAGAUUCCCACCCACAUUGUCCGCAGCUACCGGAAGCAGGAACCAAGCCUGGGUUGUCCCAUCCAAGCUAUCCUGUUCUCGCCUCGGAAACGCUCUCAGCCAGAGCUAUGUGCAGACCCUAAAAAGAACUGGGUGCAGCACCUGAUGCAGCGUCUGGACAAGUCACCAGCCCCUCCGAAGCCAACCAAGGACUGUAAGAAGGACAAGUCUGGCAAGAAGGGAAAGGGCUCCAAAGGCUGUAAGAGGACUGAGACCCCAAAAAAGCCAUAGCCCAGUGACCAGCCCGGAGCCCAGGAGGUCCCCACCAGUCUCACCAGGGCUUGGAGCUCCAACACAAGGGACAAGAAGUAGGUUAGGAGAGAAGGAGGACUCAGGGGCCCCAGAGCAGCCACCCCAUGCUGGCCUUGCCUCACCCCUUCUCCGGCUUCAACCACCUCUUCUGUAUUCCCACCUUACCCUGCAUGGCUGAGCUGCCCACAUCAGGCCAGACCUAGAGAGGCAGAGAAGGGAAAGCCCCAUAGAAGUGUGGGAGGUGGCAGCAGGACUGUCCCCUCUGAGGAAAGGUCACCCAGGGCCCUGGACCUGACCCUGCUCCACACUGCACCCACCUCUUCUUUGUAAAUAUGAUUUAUACCUAACUGAAUAAAAAGGCAUUCAGGCCUCCUUCCCAA